CAUAGGAUUCCAAAUCAAGGGUUAGGAUCAACCCCAUGUGCCCAUCUUUUUCUUUCUAGAAAAUCUGAAAAUACUUCUACUCUCUCCAUUUUUUCAGCAAGUCGAGUCCUUCUUUCUCUCUCGUUGUUAUCUCAUUUCUCUCGGAUCCCAUGUCUCUGCUCUCUCUCCUUCAUGGCUUCUCAGAAGAGCAAGAUCAGUCUCGCUCAGUAAAUAAACCGAAGAGUCUCUCUUUCCAUUUUCCUCAACCCACGCAACCCACUCAUUCACAGCAUCUCCGUCAUCCUUCCAGGUUUUUUUUUUUUUUUUUAUAUGUCAGUCCUCUCUCGGUUCAAAUAUCUCUUCACAGCAGCUCCUCGUAAAAUGAAAAAUAUCGCCCCGUCGCACCCUUAGCCAACCACACCCACGACUCUGCCAUGGAAAUGGUAGCACAUGUGAAGCUCAAAUCUUCCCACAAAGAUGUGGAGCCAUCGGCCAAACACGAGGAAAAUGAAAAACAAUAUGCAAGCAGAUCAGAUCCGAGACAGAAAGGGGUGCAAAGGUCGACGAUCUGGAAGUGGAACACUGACAAUGAAAAGGAACACCAGCUACAAUGUAGAUCCAGUGCCUGCAAAGCCCUGCUGGGAAGGGUUCUAGUGGCACAUAAACUUGGGGAGGAAAAGAUUGUGGGGAAAUUGUUUCACGAUCAGCAGGUGGUGUUUCCUCCCUUGGGCAUGACUGGGUGGCAGAUUGCUCCUCAGUUCCUGCACCAACCUCUUGAUCAUCAUAGCUUCUCCCACGGUUUACUGCUUGAAUUUGAAAUCCUUCAUUGGUUAUUUCAAUGUACAAUUCAGUUGAUUCCAACAAUUUAGAGAGCUUGUCUUCCACUGAAAGCUCUUGUGGCACAUUAAGCUGCUCGAAAUAUUGCCCAAGAUGCUCUUUCAAACUUUGAGUGUAGAACUCUGAAUGGGGAUUAUUCCAGUUCCAUUUUGAAUCGAUUCUCAUAUAUAUAUACUCUUGGACA